AUGCUGAUACGACAAGCUCCAAUUGAAAGUCAAUUCUUUAAACGGAUUCACGACAAUCUGAAUGCUGAAAUCGCACUGGGAACUGUUUCAAAUAUUGACGAGGCUGUAACAUGGCUCACUUACACUUAUUACUACACAAGAGCAAUCCAGAAUCCGAUAGCGUACGGUUUGCCGCACACGAUUUUAGAUAAGGACCCCGACUUACGUCAGCAUCUCACUCGAAUGGUGACUGAUGUGGCUGUGAAGCUUGAUCAAAAAUCAGAUGAUUAG